AUGCGUGAAAUAAAUAUAGAGAAAUUAGAAGCAACUUUAAUAUUAUAUGAAUCUUUCGUAUUAUCUAAUGAAGAACAAGAAAAAGCUUUAAAAAAUUAUUACAAUGUAUUGAUGUUUAGUGAUGUUGCUAUUCUUAUAGACUCAGAGCAAAAAUUUGAAGUAUGUAAAGAAUAUUGUUUUGCAAAGGUUUUGUUAUUGAUUCAUAUCAUAUUUAAAAAUGCUUCAACAUUUAAUCUAGCACUUGUUCGUUGA